AUGAUUACACAUGAUCCCGAACUUCCUCCUGGCUCAGCAGUUCCAGAGGCCCUUUCUUUGGAAGUAUGGGUUAUGUGCUUGAUGUUGAUACACAUCGGCUGUAUCAAAAGCCUUGGCCGCCACUUUUGGUUCCAUCUCGAUAAUCUAAAUAUCUCAUUGACAUCUCAGGCGUACAAGGCUAUCAUGCUAAAUCAGCUAUCUAUCAAUCGAACUAUCCGAACCCCUCGUCGGGUAUGGUCUGCUACCGGGGUCAACGUCUACAAGAAGGUAUAUGAGAAGAACGAUGAUGAUUUGAAGGCUCACAUUGGAAGAGUCUCGCUUGAUUUUUAUGGCCAACCCGCCAAGUUGUUACAGAUCAACACCGUCGCCAAUCUAGUCCAGGGUCGCAACACUUUCCUCCUUGCCGGGACCGGGUAUGGCAAAUCUCGAAUCGCCGAAAUUUAUUUCAAAUUGAUUCCUCAUGUUAAAAAGGCGGUCGUGCUGGUUUUGAACCCGUUGGACUCUCUGGGCGACAAUCAGGUCUACGAGAAGGAGCAGGCGGGAUUUACUGCUAUCAAUCUGACGAAAUUAAACUUUAAUCAAAAGACGGCUAUCGACAUUGCAAAUGGGGUUUACAAUUUUGUGUACAUGAGCCCGGAGACUUUUCUCAACAACAAGAUUUGGGACGCCGUCUAUUUCAGCAGCAAAUUCCAGAAUCGACUGGCGUUGGUUGUUAUUGAUGAGGCCCACAUGGUGUACAUUUGGGGCCUGGUUGCAAGCGGGCAGGGGAAGAAGGCGGCAGCAAUCCUUAUUCGGUACCAGGACAUUGGGAUAUUUCGACCGUGCUACGGGAAUCUCGGAGGGCAUCUACUCUUUCGGAACAACAAAACGAUUCUCUUGCUAUCUGCCACCUGUCGGCCUGUGGCAAUCAAAGCAAUCAAAGCAAGCUUGAAGCUCGACGAUGAUCAUGUCGAUAUGAUACAUGGAGAACUGACUCGGCCGGAGAUUCGAAUAAUUCGGAUCCCAAUGGAAAAAUCACUUGCUUCUUCGCUGGACUUAAUCAAGCUGUUCCCAUCGGCAAGUGACGUAUCCAACUCCGACCUCGUGCCAUCCUUAGUCUACAGUGGCUCGCGCAAUCGGACGCUGACGGUGAUGGAGGUGAUUCACCCCUGUAGACUGUGA